ACUCCCCUCCAACAAGAUCUUUUCCUCCCCACCGCGGCCGGUCAAGUCGCCUCUCACAUCUCACAGCGCCCACAGCCCGAGAUCGCGAGGACGAGGUGGGAGGCGCCCGCGACCAUGGCCAAGCCCAAGCCCUUGGCCGCCGCCUCCGCCAAGGCCUCCCCGACGCCGGCGCCGCCGGCCACGGUGCACUCGGCGCUGGUCACCUACACCUCCAUGCUCUCCCUCCUCUCCCUCUGCCCGCCCUUCGUCAUCCUCCUGUGGUACACGAUGGUGCACGCGGACGGCUCGGUGGUGCGGACCUACGAGUACCUCAGGGAGCACGGCCUGCUGGAGGGGCUCAAAUCCAUCUGCCCCAUGCCCACCAUGAUCGCCUGGAAGAUCAUCUUCGGCUUCGGCCUCUUCGAGGCCGUUCUGCAGCUGCUGCUCCCCGGGAAGCGCUUCGAAGGGCCGGUCUCCCCUGCCGGGAACGUGCCGGUCUACAAGGCAAAUGGCUUACAAGCAUAUGCAGUGACCUUGAUAACUUACCUUAGCCUGUGGUGGUUUGGAAUUUUUAAUCCUGCGAUAGUAUAUGAUCACUUGGGAGAGAUAUGCUCUGCUCUUGUCUUUGGAAGCUUUGUGUUUUGUAUUUUUCUGUACAUAAAGGGUCAUGUAGGACCGUCUUCAUCUGACUCUGGAUCCUCGGGGAAUGUGAUUAUUGACUUCUACUGGGGAAUGGAACUAUACCCUCGGAUUGGUGAGUACUUUGAUAUCAAAGUCUUCACAAACUGUCGUUUCGGGAUGAUGUCCUGGGCUGUUCUUGCUGUAACCUACUGCAUAAAGCAGUAUGAAAUGAAUGGCAGAGUUGCAGAUUCUAUGCUGGUGAAUACUGCACUGAUGUUGAUCUAUGUCACCAAGUUCUUUUGGUGGGAAUCUGGAUAUUGGUGUACUAUGGACAUUGCUCAUGAUAGAGCUGGUUUCUAUAUAUGCUGGGGAUGCUUGGUAUGGGUUCCAUCCAUAUACACCUCUCCUGGAAUGUACCUUGUAAACCACCCUGUGAAUUUGGGUUCCCAGCUAGCACUCUCAAUUCUUCUUGCUGGAAUGUUGUGCAUAUACAUAAACUAUGAUUGUGACCGUCAGCGCCAAGAAUUUCGACGGACUAAUGGGAAAUGCUCAAUCUGGGGCAAGGCUCCAUCUAAGAUUGUCGCUUCCUAUCAGACUACGAAGGGAGAGACAAAAAGCAGCCUUCUCUUGACUUCUGGAUGGUGGGGUUUGUCACGUCACUUCCACUAUGUCCCAGAGAUACUGUCUGCAUUUUUCUGGACUGUUCCAGCUCUUUUCAAUCAUGCCCUACCAUACUUCUACGUGAUCUUUCUGACAAUAUUAUUGUUUGACCGAGCAAAGAGGGAUGAUGACCGGUGCUCCUCAAAGUACGGAAAGUACUGGAAGAUGUACUGCAACAGAGUACCAUACAGAGUCAUUCCUGGCAUUUAUUGAGUAUCUUGGAUACUGGUCAACUUCCUGAGAUAAAGCUCAGCAGAUGCUGUGAUUCUCUAUCCAGUCCCCACACUGAUCUGCUACGUGAUGUAAUAUCGAUGCCAUUACGUGUAUGUAGCUUGGCAUCUACCUUGAAUGUGAUGUAUCGAGGACUAGUAUAGCUGUGCCUUUUGUUGUUUUCUUUCGCAGUUUCCUACUUGCAGAUCAAGUAUAAUGCAGAAAGAUAGUCUGCCUUCUCAGGGGUGUUUUGGUCUAGGUUUUCACUGAAAGUUGAUAAGGCAACACAACAUUGAGAAGGUACUGGCAAUGUUCUGUAGUUCUUGAACAAUAUGGGCGUGCUGUAUUUGUUUGACGAACUGUAAUUGCAGUUGCUCCAACUUUUUUGUUAAUCGUUGCCAAAACAUUUUGUACAUGGUAAUCUUUUUUGAGGAUUUGUAAUAUUUUAUAUACUAUUGAUGUCUGCUUAUUUAUUUUUGAAUUUUGGUGCUUA